AUGAUCAAACCUCACCACCUCCUCCGGCAACCCCUCCGCCAAAUCCGCCCCCUAUCUCACCCCCCUUCAGCCUUUUCAACAACCUCCUCCCCCCCCCUACCCCAAAAACCCACCGCCAUAAACCCCUCUCACACCCCAGUCGACCCUGACAACCUCCUCUCAAACCCAACCUGGUCCAUCACCUCCCUCCUCCCCUCUUCCCCCUCACCCUCACCAUCAACACCAUCAAUAACCCCACACCAACUCUCCCACCUCCUCAAACUCUCCGCCCUUCCUCCCCCCUCACCAACCUCCCCAGAACCUCACAACAACAACAACAACAACAACAACAACAACAACAACAACAACAACAACAACUCCAAAAUCCUCUCCGACCUCCACUCCCAGCUCCACUUCCUCGCCCACCUCCAAUCAGUCAACACAUCCAACGUCGAACCCCUAUCCUCUAUCCGUGACGAGACCCCAGAAGGCCUCGCCGAAUCGGCAAUCACAGUCGACACACUCAAGGAAGCCCUCGACAACGAGGAACGGGUGGGCAAGUGGAAGCGGCCGAGGAGGAGGAGGACGGUUGACGCUACUACCAAAGAGCAGAGAGACGUCGAGAAGUGGGAUGUGCUGGGAACCGCCUCCGAAAAGGUCAUCGUGGGAGGAGGGGGCUACUUUGUCGUGAGGAGUGGCAUGGCCGUUGCGGCAGAGUGA